GCAUUUUGAAUGGGACACACCCUGCAGGGCUCAUCUGAGUAGAAUGGAAUGAGUAAAUGUCCUUUUCACAGAGACAAGAYACAUCUGGAAGCAUGACGCUGGUACACUUUAGCUGUUCAACUGGUGUGUUUUAGCAAAGAGUCAAAGCAGGAAUCCCAGAUGGCAGGGAAAAGCUCUGCCGGCAGAACCAGAGCUGCCAGGCGAGCACGCUGGUGGCAGCUGACACAGAGAUGGAGGAUGGUGGGGGUUUUUGAAAUCAACACUGGACAUGAAUUUUACUCUCUGACUUCCAUGAUGAAGGAAGGCAUGCAAGCCUGCAUUCAGGCCACAUCUAACACAGAAAGCCAGAACUCCCUCACAGAUGAGCAUUUCAAGACAAAGGGUACUCAACUCCUUGAGGGGUUUGAGAUGCAUACAUUUGCAGCACCAGUGUUUGCUACACUGAGACAUUCCCUGGACAUCAGUGAGCAGGAAUUUAUGAAUUCUCUCUGYCCCAGAGCCAACUACCUUCAGUUUAUCAGCAACUCCAAAAGCAAGGCAGAUUUCUUUCUCACAUAUGACAAAAGGUUUUUUCUGAAAACCCAGAGCAAGCGAGAAGUUAGGUUUCUCCUUUCCAACCUGCGACGCUACAUGGAUCACUUGGAGAAAUACCCUCAUUCACUGCUAGUGCGCUUUCUAGGAGUCUACAAGAUUGUUAUUCCAAACCAACUGAAGAAGUACUUCAUUGUGAUGCAGAGUGUGUUUUAUCCUGAUGAGAGAAUCAACAACAGAUAUGACAUAAAAGGCUGUGAGGUGGGUAGAUGGACUGACCCUGAGACAGGAGGCAAACAAGUCGUAAAGGUGCUGAAGGACAAUAACUUCAAAGAACAGAGCAUUGUGCUGGGUCCAGAAAAAUCCUGGUUUGAGAGACAAGUGAAAGCAGACACAGCUUUUCUCCAAGAUCUUAAUGUGCUGGACUACAGUCUCCUGCUGGCCCAGCAACCUUUGCAUCAAGAUGAGCUGAAGGGCAAGCAUUCUUUCGCUGACCUUGUCAUUCGUACCACAAAGUCUCUGGACAUAGAAGACUAUCCCACCCACUUAGAGCCCUCCAGUGUUCCUUUACUACGGAGUCGGAGUGAGGAAGUACCAGACGGUGCUGUCUGUGUGCCAGGUCAGCAUCAGGCAGCUGCUGAGGGUGAUGGUGAAGAGAUUCUAGCCCAGGAGAUAAACAGCCCUGCCAAAGAUACAAGGUGUCCUGUAGAACUACAGGGAUUUCACAAACAUCAUCAAAGACUAUUGCCAAACUUAAAAAAUGCAGUUCAUGUGAUUGAUGGAUUAGAGUGGCGCUACUUUGUGGGCAUAGUGGACAUUUUCACUGUGUACAGUAUAAAGAAAAAACUGGAGAACCUGUGGAAGAACCUUCGCUACCCUGGCAGAGUCUUUUCUACUGUCAGGCCGACAAAGUACUCCCAGAGGUUUUGCAGGUGGAUACAUGAGCACACCCAGUGAAUGACAUUUGUUUUCUGGUUAAUGACUUUGGCACAAAUGUUUUGUUGGAUGUUGUUUUUCUUUUAUCCUGUAAAAUAUGUUUUGUGCAUAUUGACUGCAAGAAACACACACAAAAAAGAAAACUGAUUCMAAACAUCUUUACCUCACUGAUGCAUCGAACACAAAACUAGAUGCUGGAAUUUUCUGCUGCAUCAUCAGCAACACAAGUACCGGUAUGCAUAAAUCUGACAUUUUAUUUACUUAUAUACUGUAUUUUCCACACUAUAAGGCUCACCUUCAAUGAAUGGCCUAUUUUAA